CAAUGAUAUAAUCGAGGGUUUUCUAAAACAUAGUUUUUGCUGCCAACAUUCCUUCAGUAAAGUUUGGGUGAUUUGGUAGUGAAGUAUGGUAACAAUGUUAUAAGAGUGCAUCUGUUUCAUGUAUAAUCAAAAUUGUUGGAUAGGUUUGGAUAGUUUGGUUUGUAACAUAAUAAAAGAGUUUUGAAAAUUUGUCAAAGUAUUCAAAUAUUCACAUCUCAAGUGUUUCACUAAGAAAUUGAGAAAUCUUUAAAACAUGCGAUUUAUUCUGAAAAUUAAAAAGUCAUCUAAAAUAUUGUGUCUGUUUUGGUUCUUCCUUGCAUUUUCAAAAUGUCAAGAUGAUGUACAAAAAAGCAAUGGUGUACAAGAAACCGACGGUGUUCAAGAAAACGAUGGUGUAAAAAAUAAUGAUGUGCAAAAAAAAUUUGAUGAUGGUGAUGUAGAUAACGGUCAAGAUAAAGAGANGAUCUCAGAUGAUCUUGAUGAAAAUGAAAAUCCAUUGGGUGGAAUAUCAACAGAUUUAUUUGAAGAAGGCCCUAAGUCUGGAACAAAAUCUUCUAACAAACCAAUUAUAGAUGAAAAAGAUGAUGAAGAAAAGACAUUGAAUAACAGUCAAGAUGAUAAUACAAUUCCUCCGGGAGAUAAUCAAAAAACUAUAGUCGAUGACAAUAUGGAUAAGAAGAAAGAGAAUAGUCCAAUCACUUACAAAAAUUACUCAAGCUAUGAUGAAUAUCUAAAAGAAAAAGAGCAAAGAAAAGAUUGUUUUGAAAUCAAAAAACCAACUGAAGCCCGAUUUUUUUGUACAAUUUGGGACAAAUUGCCUUAUAUAUAUAAAAGAAUAAAAAAACGUUUUGUUGGAGACUUAUGUCAUGCAAUUGUUCUCGGGACUCCAUUGAUAAUCAAAAAAUCUAGAGUAGUAAUACCUGAAGACAAAUCAAAACAACUAAAAGAUAUUUAUGAUCUAAAAACUAAAGGUACACUUCUUAUGGUUAUAAUGAAACAUUCAAGUUAUGAAGAGUGGUCAAGUGUAUUACAAAAUGUAAAAAAAGAAGUCGAUAUUUUGAUAAAAUUUAUUAAGAAGUAUAAGAUUGACGGAAUACAGUUUUCAAAUUUGCAACCUACGGCACAAGAACAAUGGGAUGCGGAAAUGCUUUGUAAAAUAUUAAAAUUCUUUAAUUUGCUUAUCAAAACAACAAAAUUGAAAGGAAUACCAGAUUUCAAAAUCGGCUUAACUAUCAGUGCAUAUAGUCAAUCAAUUUCAACAAGUUUUCAAUCGUUCAAAGAUUUAAACAAGAUCGUAUACUGGUAUUCCAUUAACACGAUCUCCAUGAUAAAAUGUACGCCGGCUUAUUUGACGGGAACAUCACCGUUAGACGGUGAAAUUAGCUUGAAAAGAUCGUUAAAAACAUUGAUUGAAAAAACCAAUAUAGAAAAAACAAAGAUUGUUGUUAGUAUACAGUUAUAUCCGAAUAAACUUAACACAUAUCAACACUCAUCCUAUAUAGAAAUGUGUCAAUCAAAACCAAAAACAUGGAAAAGAUGGUGUGCUGCGCGUCCUGAACAUUUCCGUUUAAAGGGUCAGUAUUUACGGAACCUGAGCAUUUGGGGCAUCCAACUGUACUACAUGGACUCGGACGACUAUAAAUCCAAAUGCAAAUGCUAUAGUUUCCCCAUGAUCCGCGCACUUCUACGGGGUUUGAUCAACAUGGACGAGCCAGAGUACUGUUCAUUCCUGGGCGAGGUCGAAAACCAACCAGCCGCGUGCACCAUACCCAAAAUAUAAGUAGAAAAAUUAGAAUUGAAAGUAGGCUGAACGCACAACAUUAAAUCAAUAGUGCUACGUGCAAUGUACAUUUUACGUGUAUUAUUCUAGCGAUUAAAAUAGCGUCCCGUGGUGUCAAC